AUGGAGAAAGUUAUAAAUAUUGUAGAUGUGGAUAGAGAUUUAGAGUUGGUGUUGUCUGAGGAGCGAUUUGAUCCUCCCGACUUCAGUAUAAAAUUCUCAACUAAUUAUGAUGAUGAUGAUGAUGAUUCCUUAAGUUGGGAUUUUGAAAGUUAUCAAGAUACGAAUUAUAUGAAAAUUGUUAUCGAUCUUGCUGAGGAUUAUUUCAGUUAUGGAGACUCUAAUUUGCAACAUGUUGAUAAGAAAGAUGUUUACUUUCGUUGCGAUGAAUAUGAAAAUCAUCGUAUGUCGCUUGCUCAGAAAGUUGAGCUGCAAACUGACAACGAUUCUCACAACAAAAAUCCAAAGUAUUUGUGUGAGGAGCAACUUAAUCCUCCCAACCUCAGACCAACAGAUUAUGAUAAUCGAGAUGAUGAUGAUUUCUUGAGUUGGGAUUUGGAAAGUUACCGAGAAACAGAUUAUAUGGAAAUUGUUCUCGGUCUUUCUGAGGAAUAUUUCGGAUAUAGCGAUUUCAAUUCGUAUCAGGAUUAUAAAGAAAAUGUUUACUUUCGUUUUCAUGAGUAUGAAAAUCAUCAUGUAUCGAGUGCUCAGAAAGUUGAGUUGAAAGCUGUCAACGAUUGUCUUAACAGAAAUAUAGAGUUAUUGUGUGAGGAAAAAUUUCAUGCUCCUGCUCUUUAUUUCGAAAUGGAGAAAGUUAUAAAUAUUGUAGAUGUGGAUAGAGAUUUAGAGUUGGUGUUGUCUGAGGAGCGAUUUGAUCCUCCCGACUUCAGUAUAAAAUUCUCAACUAAUUAUGAUGAUGAUGAUGAUGAUUCCUUAAGUUGGGAUUUUGAAAGUUAUCAAGAUACGAAUUAUAUGAAAAUUGUUAUCGAUCUUGCUGAGGAUUAUUUCAGUUAUGGAGACUCUAAUUUGCAACAUGUUGAUAAGAAAGAUGUUUACUUUCGUUGCGAUGAAUAUGAAAAUCAUCGUAUGUCGCUUGCUCAGAAAGUUGAGCUGCAAACUGACAACGAUUCUCACAACAAAAAUCCAAAGUAUUUGUGUGAGGAGCAACUUAAUCCUCCCAACCUCAGACCAACAGAUUAUGAUAAUCGAGAUGAUGAUGAUUUCUUGAGUUGGGAUUUGGAAAGUUACCGAGAAACAAAUUAUAUGGAAAUUGUUCUCGGUCUUUCUGAGGAAUAUUUCGGAUAUAGCGAUUUCAAUUCGUAUCAGGAUUAUAAAGAAAAUGUUUACUUUCGUUUUCAUGAGUAUGAAAAUCAUCAUGUAUCGAGUGCUCAGAAAGUUGAGUUGAAAGCUGUCAACGAUUGUCUUAACAGAAAUAUAGAGUUAUUGUGUGAGGAAAAAUUUCAUGCUCCUGCUCUUUGUAUGAAAUUACAAACUAGUAAUGAUGAUCGAGGAGAUUUUUUGAGUUGGGACAUGGAAGGAUACGAAGAAACGGGUUAUUCGGAUAUUGUUCUCGAUCUUAGUGAGGAUUGUUUUAACGACAACGAUUGUAACUCGCGACAGAUUAUAGAAAAAGACGUUUAUAUUUGUUCUGAUGAAUGCGAGAAUAAUCCAGUGUAUUGUGAUGAAAAAGUUCAGCUGGAAGUUACUAUUGAGGAUUCUGAUAGGAUAAUUGAGAAUACUACAUCUGAUGUGCAUGUUAAUCAAUUAAUGGACCAUGCACCGAAAAAGGAAAAGUUCUCUAAAUUAAAGAAAUUUUUCCGAUUCUUCUUUUGAAAACAGAAGAAUUUCACAGAUUUCGUAUUUAAUUUUCUU